CCGACCAUGAACUCGCGCGCUGGACUUUUCCUAUGGCUGAAUGCCGCUCUUGCUGCAAGACCCCUGACAGACGACAUGACUCUCCUAGGCUAUCUUCACGCGAGAUACCCGGGCAACGUGCAAUCCCUGAUUGUUGAUCUCUUGGUGGCAUCCUUUGACAAUCUGACCAAUGCCAUGCUACGGAAGGAGAUUCGGCAGAAUGUCAAGGUGAUUCGAUCAUUCAUCUGUAAUAAGCUGCCCACUCUUAUUGCUAUGCUUUGUGGUAGCAUUGGAGAGCAGAUCACUCCCGAGGCUUGUAUCCAGAUGGCUUUGAUACCCGGCGGCUUGAUCUCAAUGACGCCUCUUCCUCCCAUCAGCAACGGCGCCACAGAUAUCGAGGAAAGUCUGAAGGGAACCCGCUUAGAAUUCCUCCAGGCCUGCGCUUUGCACGGUCUCGUUGCGGAGAGCACGAUCGCAGCGAUACUGCGAGGACCCAUUGCGCUUCCAAGAGUCACCAAAUACAGCAAGGAAACGCUGGUGGCGCAGUGUGCUAACAACCCCAGCCGCCUGGCGCCAUUGAUUGACGACCUCAACGGCAUGCAGGGAAAUGCCGGGGCGAUAUCCGGAUGCGUCGUCGAGACCAUCAGCAACCUGUGCAUGAGCAAGGACACCAUGUCGUUGAAGACAGUCUGCAACGAAUUGAUCAAGAGAAUCGCCUACAUGGAUGUUGUCAUGCAAUACACGCAACCACAGAUGUUACUAUUGCCUUUGUGCAAUCUGCUCAAUGAGUGGAUGCAUGACCAGGAUCAGACAGAAUUCACUCCAUCGUAUGAGGAGUUUGCAUCAAUACUGCUGCUCACUCUGGCCACGAUGCACAGAUAUGAAAUCCAAUGGCCAGACAUCGGUGUCCUCGAGGAUAGCUUCAUUGCAAGGCUCCUCGACGACAUGUCAUGCAGCAAGCCACCUUCGGAGCUUCCAGACGAGCAAGGGUCUCAGUUGGCUAAAUGGAUCGAGGGCCUGUUUGCGGUCGACGACAGCGGCGAAACCAUUGGUAUUGGAGAUGAUGUAAUGCGGCAAUGCUCUCCACAAAACUUCUAUCUGCUGGUUCCAACUCUCUUUGAGCAGAGUGUGCUGGCCUGUCGAUCGAACGCACUGGCUAUCAAUACAUUCAAGGGCGGCCUGGAGUUGCUUCUUGAACCAUUUCUUCUACCAUCGCUCAUCAUGGGACUUGGCUGGCUUGUGGAACACUCAUGGGAAGAUCACAACGACGUCGAUCUGCUACUGCAAGUGCUCGAGAAGCUACUCAAACCAUCGAGUACCUCUCAAGAAACGCAGGCCAUGCACAGGACCAUCCUGUCAAUGGUCGCCACGCCAUGGCACGACUCUCUUCAAGAGCUACAACGACGGCAGCCUGACAAGAAGAAAGUUGCUGAACUCAGCGCAUUGCUCACACCUUACCUCAGCAACCAACGCACUCUGAGCUGCCGCCGCAGCGAACUAAACGACUGGAUCCAAAAUGAAGGCGCACUGAAAGCCCGCGUGCAGCAGUCUCUUCGUGAACUCAUUCGAUGGGCCUCGACCUCGACCAAUCCUCCAGACCCGCCUCCUCGCUACGCCCACAAAUUAUUCGCCGUAGCAUGCCAGGCUCUCUCUCCAGAGAAACUCCUUUCCAUCAUCCUCGGCGAGAUCACAGCCACGGACUUUUCCACAAUACCCACCGCCCUCGACGUAUGCGCUUCGAUGAUUUGUGCUCCAACCGCACUUUCCGCAGCAACUCACCAGCCUGGCUCCGCAAUCGCUCUUUCACCUGUGAGGACUCUGCGCAACCACAUUCGACACCUCGUAUCCGAACCACAAGCUCUCCUCACCCGUCUCCAGCGCAACGCCGAAGCCCUCGUGCAGCUCUCCCGCCGGAUUGAGUCCCAGCUAUCAAUUGCGCAAAUGCCAGCUCUGACUAUC